UCCAUUCUAUUGGGGGAAAUUCUCAUGUGCGCCGUUUGAGGUGAAAAGCUCUCUUUGAAUUUUCCACAAAAGCUCCGAAUGUGGGAGUUAUUUAUGUCAAGAACCCAAUUUUUCCUCCACAAAGCUCUCAGUUUUUCCUUGAAUGAAAAGCGUCUCAGCUUAGGAGCUUUCAAUGUGAAAAUUGUAGAAAAAAAAACAGAGGUGAAUUGGAAGUGAGAAUUAUUAGCAUGAGUUGUGUGUGAUUAAAUCCACUCUGAAGAUAUUUUAUUAUUCAGUCAAGAUGCUUGUCCAUCAUUUAAUGAAAUCAAAUUAACUCUCCAUGUUUUUUCGCUUCAUCCUUUGUACGACAUAUAAUAAUUUUUCACAUUCAAUUUUCGAGAAAAUUGAUUUUCACAAAAGCCACAAAAUGGCCAAAGUUGCAGCAUUCGCAUUGAAUUUUAAUCACAAUGGGGAGAUUGUUUUGAAAUUUACCAGCAGUUAUUUUUAUGAAUCACGUAAAUUGAAGAUUGUUAUUGCAUUAGAAAAUAUGGCGGAGAUAAUGAUUGAAAGCUCCGGGUUGUGUUGUGUAAUGGGGGUGUUUUGAAUAAAAUAUUUCGAUUAAAUAUUUCUGAUAAACAAUAUCCAUUUGUGCUGUAGUUCACCAGAAUCAAUCUAAAACUAUUAAAUUAUUUUUUUCGAAUUGUUUUUCAAAAAGAUUUUCUCUCUAUUUUCAACAAUUUCAUGGUAGUAGGAACAAUUAUUCUCUGUGAGUUUAGAGCUUUAUGAGCUUUUAAAAUUAAAUUUACGGUUUGUGGUUUAAUAGUUUGAAAACUUUUAAUGUUAAAAUUUCAAAUAGAAAAUAAUAAAAAUUAAAUUUUUGUUAGGGGUUGAACAAGAUAUUUAUGGGAGCUUAAUGAAUACUAAAACAAACCGAAUUUAAUUUAAUUUUUAAUACAUUUUCAAAGAGUGCUUAGUUGAUUACCACCACUUACAAUCAGAGCUAUAAGAGCAUAAAUUUGGAAUAAAACUUCAAAUAAAUUAUGAAGUUUAAUUUAAAAGUUUUCUAAUGGAGGUAUUUGGCAAGCUUUCUGUGCUUUCGCAUUUUCUAUUGAUCAAUUUUAUUUUCCCACAAUUUUCCACUUGAAUUUUGUAUCAUCUUCUUCAAUUUCAUUAAAAUCCAUUUAAAACGUAUUUUUAAAAAAUAAAUUUAAAAUCCAUUAAAUUAGAUAUUUAUUUCGUCAAAAAAUUAAAAUAUUAUACUAAAACGCUCAAAUUAAUAAAUAAUUAAUUUAAAUUAAUUCGCAAGCUUCGAUAAAAAUUACCCUGAAAAGCUUUUCCAUUUAAUGUGAAGCUUUCACGCUUAAUUUGGAUAUGUUCCGAAAUUUUCAAGCUGCCACAAAUGGGUUAAUUACAAUUUUAAAUAUUUCCCUGUCCAUGAAAAUUCUUACCUUUUUUCAAAACGAAAAAUUCAUUUGAUUUUUCCAAGAGAUUUCUCUUCUACAUUAAAAUAAUCCACAUUUUUAAAUGCACAAAAAACCAGCAACGAAAUAUUUUACUGUAUUUUCCUUAAUUUCCCAGAGUCACCGUGCAUUUUCUCACACAUAGCUGUUAAUUUCAUCGUAAACUUUUACUGCUCGGUUGGUCCCUCGCUUGUUCUUUUUGUUCCCUCUGACCAGGUGGAAAUUAAAAAUUUCACACGAAAUUGGAUUAUUCAUAUAUGGGAAUUUUUUUUGGCAUGAGCAUUUCUCCCACUCUCCUGUGGGCUGGAAAGUGCGCUGGAAGUUGGGGAAAUUUUCCCGCAGGAGAGAGUGAGAGAAUUUUCCCAAGAGCACGCCGAAGAGACAGAGAGAGAGAGAGGUUCUCUGGUGGAAAAGCCGGCGUGCUGUUUGUGAAUAAAUAAAGGUCUAAAUGCGGAGAUGACAUUGGGAAGUGCAAUGUGAGAAAAUUCCUCUCAAAAUACUCUCACGCUUUUAAUCUCGUUAUGCUUCGGUAUUGUGCGCGAGAGUGAGAAAGAGAGAAUAUAGUGUGCUUAUGUUGGGGGUGAGCGUGGCGCACCAUCUGGAUUGGAUGCUGUGCCGCUGCUGGACCUCUUUUGAUCGUACCGAAAAUCAACACACAGCAGUUGGAGCGUCGCAACGCUUGCAGCAACAUCGUUGUCUCCGUGAAAUUUUUAGUGAAUGGAUUUCUCACACACAUGUUUCCCCACAAUCCCACCCCCUUCUUUUUGGGAAACACCAUAAAAACUUUCGUGUGAUUGCAUUCUUUUUUCGUGUACUGUGUCUAUGUGCAAAUUGCAUUGUACCUAGAAGGAAUUCUUGUUUGAUCUUACAAAGAAUUUAAAGGCCCAAUUGGAUGAUUUAUUGGGAACUUUUUUUUAAAAGAUAAAAAAAAGAAGAGUUUAUAAACUACUUUGGACCAUUUCUUCAGGGGAAUUUAUAUAGAGUGAGGCUGAUUUUUUUGCUGCUUCUCUUCAAACUGUGGUGCGCCAAAUGAGCUAAAUUUAAUCACAAUCACUUUCUUGUGUUUACAACUGUGAUCCUUUUUACAAGCAGUGGCUUUUUUUCUCUUCAUUUUACAAAUCUCAUCUUUGAAUAAACAUUUUUUUUCUCUGUGAGAAAGAAUUUUUUUCCGUGAUGGUGUAACGACGAACUUAUGUGUGGAGACUCUUGUGCAAAUACAGAAAAAAGAGAAGCAAUGAGUGGAUUUUGGGAUGAUUUUUGCGAGUGAGAAAAAAAUUCAACCCGCCGAAGGAAAUUCAAUACUUUGUGUACAUUGCAAUUUUUUUUGAGCCAAUUAAAUUCCCACCAUUUGGGUCAAUAAAAUGCCCAUCUCGCAGCAGCGGUAGGAUGUUCCUCCUGCAAAUCAAGAUCAUUUUGGUGCGAUUGCGAGGAAAAACAAAUAAAAUGGCUAUUUUGUGAGCAUUCAGGCACUGGAAAAAUACUACCCGGAAAAAUUUUGGGGUAGUGUGUUUUUGGUAUGCGAAAAAUAAAUUCCUCAUGGGAGAGGAAUGUAAAAUAUUUCGGAGAAUGUUGUGCAUGUUUUCGUCUGAUUAAAAAAAAAAGAACCAACAGCAGUGGUUGAAAAAUUCAGUGCGCCCCCAGUUGCUAAAAAAAAGAGGCAGUAAAAGGGGGUAAAAAAAAAAGUUUUGUGUGUGCAGAGUGACCCCCCUUGGACCCAAGAGGGUGGGUUAGUGAGUGUGUGUGUUAAAAUGAAGAGCUCGUGUGUUGAGUGUUUGUUGCAAAAUUGAAGUUGAGAGCAAGUGAUACAAGAGCGAAGGGAACAUACAAAAUGACAUCGACACAAUUCCAAAAUGGCAAUACAGAUGCCGAUAGGAUGGGUGAUACCACGUCCACAGAGACAUCCUCGCUGGAACCGUCGGCAAGUGAAGCCACCCCCCAAACAGCUGCUGGGGCCCAGGAUGGUGGGGAACAAGCGACGGUGUAUCAGAAAAAUAAAUCAGCACCUCCACCGACGGUCACACUUCUCAAUGGGUAUCGAUUGGGUGCACCCAAAAUCCCAGGGAGACUGGGGGAGCACCAGCAAGAGACGAUGAAUCGUCGGAUAGCGCUCAAUGGUGGCAAUGAGCUGAGGAUUGAUGAGAAGAACAUAAGUUUGCAUUUGAAUAAUCCAUUUGUAGGAAAUUUUAGCGGUGGUGAGGUGAAAAGUAAUGUGAUACGUAGCCCAAUGGGCCCAAUGGAUGAGGUCAUUUAUGCCCAGGUGCGACCUAAGCGACCGCAUAGUAUUGCUGUGUCAUCACCCCUCAAUCAGGCACGUAGUCAGAACAACGAAUACGCAACAUCGAUCUAUGCUCAGCGACCUAUGGGGGUUGCAAAAGAGCAGCAGCAGCAACAUCAAUGGCAAAUGCAACAAACGCGACCGCCAUUGCACUAUAUGACCGCACAUCAUCAGCCCCAUCAUCCGUCCGUGACCGCAGUGACGGGACCCAGAUCAAUUGGUGGCAAGCAAGAGUUCAAUUUCUACACACCACCGUCCCCAAUUGCCGCCCAACAGAAUGGUGGUGGUGUUGCAGGAAAUCAAGUUGGAAUUAAUGCAGCAGCUGCACCUUUUGUCCAAAGACGCUCCCAAAGUACCCCAAGGCCUGUUCAGAAUCUCCAGCAACAGGCUCAUCCAUCGAAUACUGGGCAGCAACCAAAUACACCACCACCACCUGUUCGACCACGUAGCCUCGAUCGGUGCAAUGGAUUUGAAAAAUCCGGAACCUACAGCAAAUUAACUCCACCACCUACAACCACCAGGCGUCUCUCGCAAUCGGGCUUACUGCAGUCCCAACCCCCAACAACGGGGAUGCGUCAAUCUGCCACUUUUCACGGCCAACCAACACUGCAGCGCCAAAAUAUAAGUCCGUACGGCUAUGGGAAUAUCGGCCUAGACACAAAUGAAAUGACUGGUGCACGUAGAAAAGUCGAUCGUCCCAUGUCCUACGCCUAUGGAACUGUUCCUGAUCAAACAUUCCUCGAAAAUCAACUCCGUCUCUACUCUGAGCAACUGAAAAAUAUCACUGAAAGUGUCCGGAAGUACUCAGAGCAAGCAAAAAUUCUGUCCGAAAUGAAGCGGCAGCAAAUGGUGAAGCAACAGACGCAGCAGCAGCAUCAAAUGUCCACACUUCCACUCUCAAAGAGUGAUUCAAAGCUUUCUCUCAACGGUGCUGAUACGUCGUCGGGGCAGCAACAGGAGGAACCUAGUACUCCAUCACUUCAGCUACGGAUGUUUCUCGACAAUAUCCGGAGCAAUAUAAAGGAGGAACCGAGGGAGGAGGUUAACUACCCUGAACCACAAACCCCAUCAGAUCAGCUGCGUCAAUUUCUCGAUGCCAUCCGUUCGAAUCAAGUUCCUGAAAGUACUACUGCAUCAAGUGCAGAGAGAUUCCAUAAAUUCACAAAAGAACACCAAAUGGCUGAUAAUCCGAAUCGUUUCCGUUCCAAGUCCACAGAUUUUGCCGAAUAUCACCAUAGUCCAAUAACAACGCAGAGUUUUUCACAAAUUUCCGACAAUUUGCGCAUAAUGAAUCAGGAUUUGGAAAGUUUUGCGGAUCAGAAGAAACCACAGCCUGGGAAGGGAAGUGCUACGGUGGAUUUCAAUCAGAUUCUGGACAAUUUCCAACAAAUGACAGACAAUCUCGCCAGUAUGGAUGCAGUGGAUUACCUGAAAAAGUACUCAGAGGCACUGAGGCAGACUUCGGAGCAAAUACGUCGUGCAGCUGCAUCACAUCAGCAGUAUCAACAGUCCAAUAAUCCGUACAGUUCACCGGAUGAUACAAGCUCAUGUAGCACAACACCCGGAUCUAUUCGUGAGGCCGUCCAGAAUUUGUUGAUGAUGCCAAGGAAUGGCUUUCAAGUCAUGGAUGAUCGCAUGAAGCUCUUCAUUGAUAUUCUUGACACCCAGGAGAAGUUUAGUCAGGUAAUUAAGACACUUUGUGUUCAACAAGAAAUCCAUUAGUGGAGUGGGUGGGUCUCCCCUUGACUUGUAAGUACAUUCAUAAAUAAUAUUAUAGGACCACCCCUGAGGAUGAGGUGUGGGUGCUUUUUUGGACAAUUAAUCCUCAUCAUGUAAUUGUGUCACACAGUUGACAAUAAGAAAAUCUCUCAAUGCACAACUCCAUCAAGGGGAGGUGACUUUAUUCAGCACAAAUAGUAGUUUGAAGAAAGUUCGUCACAGGGUGUGUUGUUAGUACAAAAGUGACAAAAUCUAACAUGAUGUGAUUCAUACUCAUUACAUUGUUAUCGUUUUCUAUAAGUCUUCUCGUCUUAGCUAAAUACUUUGAGAGAGAAAAUUUGGGAAAAGUUGCUUUUUUAAACGUUAUUGUUUUUAACGUCAAAAUUAUGACAUUUCAUGUCAGUCAGCUGUCAAGUUUACAUCUGUCAUGUAUUGACAUAACCUUAUGUCAUAAAAAGCUCUUAAAGUUUCUUGUAGAUUUCUUUCUGAAAGAUUUUAUUACAAGACAAAUCAUAUUGAAAUGCUAAAAAUAUAUUACAUAAAAUUAAAUUUAAGCAAAAUUCAUUUUUAACUCCUAAAAAUAUUUUUAAGAAAAAAAACUUUCAUUGCUCCUUUGGCUAAAAUAAUUCCACAAAUAGGUAAAUCAUCAUCUGCAACUUGCAUUUCAUUGAAAUUUCAUGAACUUUGUCAGUCCAUUCUUCCCUUUUGAAAAUCAUUAAAUCUUUUAUCAGUAUUUUCUCAAGCAAUUCCUCUAAAACUGAGUGGGAGAGAUGGGGUGUCAUUGGGUUGAGAAGACAGCAAUUGUUGUAAAAGUUCUCUCACAGUGUUCUAGGGAAGAGGAAAAGGCCAACUCCAUGGUGAAAAUCCUGUAAGUCUUAAGUAAACUUGCAGUGAAGUUCCAGCACUGCGAAAAUGUUGAUGAAGUUACGAGAGAGAGAGCGCAAAGAGAAAAUCCUCAACAUGGGAAAAUGACUCUCACAGUUGGGGGUUGUAAUAUUAAUGGUUUGAGGGAUUAACUGCUCUAUAUAAGAUUUAAAGUGUAAGGUAAAACGAAAUUAUUUACUUCCCACCAUUUCUGAAAUACGAUUGUUUCCGUGGGGCAAUUUUCCUACACCACCCAACACCCCCCUGUGGCAACGUUUAAUAAUUUAAAUGAAAGAGUUUGGGGGCAAUGCUGAGAUUGCCAUAUUAACCGUCACCCAGGUGUUUCCGCUACAUGGAAUUUAAUGAUCUUCGCCCAAAUGGAAAAUGUUUAGCACCUCCUCAUUCCCCAAAGGAGUCGGUGGGUGGGUUUCUCUUCUCAACCAAUAUAUUUUUAGGGGUUGGAAGGGGGGUAAUUUUCUGCAUGUCCUGUUGCUUUUGGGGGGAUUUUUGUUAUGUGCUCUUCGUGUUCUUUGGAUGUUCUCGAAAAGAUUUGCAGAAUUAACAUGCAAGAAUGCAAAUUCCUUGAGGAAUUCUUGGUUUAAUUCAAAAAGGGGAAUAGGGGAUGGGUUUUUGUCUCUAAUAGUUGAGACAUUUGAGAGUAACUUUACGAGAGCUUUUCGUGAUAAAUUUGUCGGUUUAUAUUCUUGUGGAGUUCUAAGGUGAAGUUUCGGACAAAUAUUUCAGUAAAGCAGUGACACCUCCAUUCCACAAGAUACGAAGAAGCUCAAACAUGCAGAAAAUAGGGAUUAAAAAGAAUCAAAAGGGGAUUUUCGCAUAGAGAGUGGGAAUGAGAAAAAUCCAAUGAAAAGUCUUUUCAAUUUUCAACUUUGCUCUAAACCAUUCGUAUUAGGAACUAAACUAGCAAAGGUAUACAGAAGCCACAUCAAAACAACUUACCUCUUUUAGUUUAAUUUAACCCCUCAAAGGGAAGGAACAAGAAAGAAAAAAAAACAAACCUCCCCAAGGAACAUUUAAGUAAUUCUUUGUGUAUCCCAUUUUCUUUCACUUUCCCCCAAGAAAAAAAUAAAGAAUUUUAAUAUAGAACGUCAGAGGUGAAAGUGAAUAUUAUCCCAUUUUGCGUAUGCCUUCUUCGUCGUCAUUUAACCUUCGUAAUUUAUUAAGAUGGUUCAGGAAAAAAAUUGGAGUGAAUCUUUUUUUUGUUUCGGUAGACCGGUGUGCUGUGCAGAGGAAAUUUGGUGGGUGUGAGAAAAUCUUCUCACAAGGAGAUAAGAGGUUAAAUCGGAUAACUUUUCCCAAGAGCGCGUGUGUUUUCUCUUGGCUGGAUUUCACUUCACACAGCAGUGUGAAAAGAGGGUGAUUCUCCCCCACACACAGGUGUAUAGGGCACGCAAAAAAAGGCUGUGUGUGAACCUUCUCCCUCGAGAGGGAGGGGACAACACACAAGAGACAUUCGCUUAUUUGUACAACAAUGAAACGACAAAAGCUCAAGCCAUGAAGCUCACUUUUACGGAAAAUCUCUGCAAUAUUCCCAUGGAUAAUGUGUACACAUUUGUGGGGUGCUUGAGCGAGAUAUACCAACCAGAGAAUGGGGGAUUCGUGGUGAAGGGGUGAGGGUGUUAAAUGUGGGUGGGUGGGUGGAUGUGUGGAAAUCUUUGUCAGACUCUCGAUGGCCAAGUUCACCCAAGAAUGGGGUUAAAUAUAAUUCAAUUUUCUCACAGGGAUACACAUUGUUCCGUACAAUAGGCGAAAUUCCAACCACUGUUGGGGUUCACCCGUCUGUCUUUACCCUCCUUAUGUGUGUGUAUCUUACAGCAUCCUCUCUAUCUGGUGAGAAUGGAUGAGUGAUGAUCCAAGAGAUUUUGGGGUGUGCAAAGAGCAAAUAAAUGCUGUGAAACUUCGCAUAAACCCACAAGAUUUGCCUAUUUGUAUUUUGAAUUUAAUUCCACUACUGCCAAAGUAUUAUUUUGAAUAUUCAUUUAGUAAAUUUAGAUUUAUAGCUGAAUCCUUAAUCUAUUGUUGUGGUACUAUCCGCUUUUUCUCAGGGGGAUUAUGCCCCAGCUUUUUGGAUCAAAAAUAUAGUUUUUUUUAGUUAGUAUAUUCUAUUUCAGAUUAAUACGAAUGAAUUUCUAUGCAAAUUCAUAAAACACGAAUUCAAAAAAAAAAACUAAAAAAUCAAUGAAAGCUACUAAUUACAUAAUUUUAUGCAAAUACAUAAAAUUUAAUACAAAAAUCCCAUUUUAUGUAUAGAAAUUUUAAUAUCA